AUGAAUUAUCAGUCAACAAGCCUAUACAAGGCAGAUUGUUCCAUCACUCUAGUAAAAGGUCCACAUAAUGUGAUAGUAGACCCUGGUAAUGCCUGGGACAAGGAAUUCGUACUGAAUGCCUUACAGCAACAUUGUUUGACCCCCUCAGACAUAGACUACCUUGUUGCAACCCAUGGACAUGGUGACCACGUCGGCAACCUGAAUCUGUUCACUAAAGCCACUCAUAUUAUAGGAACUGAGAUCAACAAAGAAGAUGCUUACACAUUUCAUCACUUUAAGAGGGGAAUUCCAUAUGAAAUAGAUGACAAUCAUCUGGAAGUUAUUUCUACACCAGGCCAUACUGGUAUAGAUGUCAGCGUGGUGGUCAGAGGAACUGACCAGGGGACGGUGGUCAUUGCAGGUGAUCUGUUUGAGAGGGCAGAAGAUUUAGACAAUCCCGUUUUAUGGCAGGAAGGCAGUGAAAACCCCAGGCUUCAGGAGCAGAGUCGCAUCGACGUGUUAGAAAUAGCUGACUACAUUGUCCCGGGUCAUGGACCCAUGUUCAAAGUGCCAGAAGAUUAUAAACAUGGUAUCCAGGUUGUCAUGAAUCCUCAGUCAGAUGAUGAUGCAGCAUAAAUAUGUAC